AUGCGUCCGAUCGCCGAGGCCUGCGUCGCCGCUGGCCAUACGGUUGAGAUGCCGCGGCUUCCCGGCCACGGCACGACUGUCGAAGACAUGCUGACGACAUCGUGGGACGACUGGUCAGCUCAUGUCGAGUCGGUCUACCUCGACCUGGCUGGGCGCUGCGAGCGGGUGGUCGUGACUGGCCUGUCGAUGGGCGGAGCGCUCACCUUGUGGCUUGCCUCACGUCACCAGGAGAUUGAUGGCAUUGCAAUCGUGAAUUCCGCCGGAAAACCCGACCCAGAUACCGUAGCGACGCUCCGCGCUGUGGUCGAGAGCGGCACCGAGGUCAUCGACGCGAUUGGCAACGACAUUGCAAAAGAAGGGGUGGUCGAAGUCGCCUACGACAAGACACCGCUUGCUCCGCUGGUGUCGCUGCUUGACGCCGUGGCAGCCUUCGACCUGGGCGCUAUCUCGUGUCGUGCGCUCGUCAUCUACAGCGAGCAAGACCAUGUGGUGGCCCCGGACACAGCCGAAUACAUCGCCGACCGGCUCGGCGGAACUACGACGGUUGAAUCACUCGCCGAUAGCUAUCACGUCGCGACCCUCGAUCACGACUCGGCUCGGAUCAAUCAACUGAUCGUCGACUUCAUCGCCUGA